CCCGCCUUCCCCAAGAUCACUAUCGCAGUUGCUGACUAAGCAGACCGUCCGUACGCCUUGUUGCCAACACACGUGCUGCUCCCCUUCAUUGUCGCGCCGUCGCGCACGUCGAGCACGUCCCACGCACCACCAUGUACAGAAGCCACUCACCAGCGCAGUCGACGACCUCUGCCUCCGAUGACGAGGAGGAAAAAUUCAACAAGUCGACGGAUGCCUUGAUCAUCACCCCUGCUCAGUGGUCAUCUCGACUCCAUCCAUUCCCUCUCCCACCAGUUUCGGCCACUCCUUCCUUGUCGCUUGCAGCUCGUUUGCCUCCCGAGAUUCUCAUCCACAUUUUGAAACACCUUCAUUCAUCCAAGGACCUCUAUCAUGCUCUUCUCGUCUCCCGCGCCUGGUGCGAAUGCUCGGUCGAGCUCCUCUGUCCUCUCUCGACAAGACCAGACGUUCGAGUACGCCCGCUUCAUCGUCGCCUCAACUUCAUCUACCUGGGCAACGAAAUGACGGACUCAUUAUUGUCUCGCCUCGCGAACUGCGUGAGGCUUGAGCGGUUGACCCUAAUCAACUGCACCUCCAUCACCGACGAUGGCCUUACACGCGUUCUACCAUCCUGUCACAAUCUGGUGGCACUCGACCUGACGAGUGUCAGCGACGUUACCGACCCGUCUAUUAUCGCCCUCGCAGCAGCUACAUCGAAACUACAGGGUAUCAAUCUCGGUGGCUGCAAGAAGCUCACGGAUGCCUCGGUUGUAGCCCUCGCUGCGAACUGCCCUCUCCUACGACGCGUCAAGCUGAACGGCGUGGAGCUCAUCACGGACGAGUCGGUCUCAGCACUUGCGACCUCCUGCCCGCUGCUGCUCGAGAUCGACCUCCAGAACUGCAAGCUCAUCACAGACGUAUCCGUUCGGAAGAUAUGGGCCCACCUCACGAUGAUGCGCGAGAUGAAACUGUCACAUUGCGUGGAGCUCACCGACCUCGCGUUUCCUGCGCCAGCACGGGUUGAGGUGCAGUUUGCCACUGGAUUGAACCCCUUCCCUGCGUCCAGUGCGGCGGUAGCCGAUUCACUACCACCUCUCCGAGUUUCGCACACAUUCGAGCAUCUCCGUAUGCUUGACCUCACCGCAUGUUCGCAAAUCACGGAUGAUGCGAUCGAAGGCAUCGUGUCGGUCGCUCCGAAAGUACGGAAUCUCGUCCUCGCCAAGUGCUCGCAGUUGACGGAUGCCGCCGUCGAGAGCCUAUGCAAACUCGAGAGGCACCUUCAUUACCUUCACUUGGGCCAUGCUUCUGCUAUCACGGACCGCUCGAUCAGGAGCCUGGCGAGAUCUUGUACGAGGUUGCGAUACAUCGACCUUGCAAACUGCACAGAGCUCACCGACAUGUCCGUAUACGAGCUUUGCAGCCUACAGAAGCUCCGCCGAAUUGGUCUUGUCCGUGUCACCAAUCUGACUGACCAGGCCAUCUACGCGCUUGGGGAACGGCAUGCCACCCUUGAGCGCAUACAUUUGUCGUAUUGCGACCAAAUCACUGUGCCCGCCAUUCACUUCCUGCUGCAAAAGCUCCCUAAGCUGACACACUUGAGCCUCACGGGCAUCCCAUCGUUUCGCCGGUCUGAGUUGCAGCAGUUUUGCCGUGCGCCACCACAGGAAUUCAAUACAAGCCAACGGGCAGCGUUCUGCGUCUACUCAGGAAGGGGCGUACAAGAGCUGCGCGCAUUCCUGAUGGAACUCUUCACGCAUAUCAUGGAUGAUAGCAGCAGUGUAGAUGAAGACGUGCGAUACGAUCGUCGCUAUGAUGCGGACUAUGGACACUAUGACACAGAACCCGGGGAUGCCGACGGAGAUGAGGACGAUGAAGACGAUGCAGAAUUCUACAACAACCCAAACAUCGUCGUCACGCGACGCGGGUACAGCCCAGAUGCAACCGUCGUUUUUCGUAAUUAUGUGCCGCCUACAACCAGCGCGUCUGCACCACAUCCGGCAGCCGUCUCAAGAGAGUUGCAGAUGCUUCGCGACCGAGGAAGCUACCCAGUACCACGCUCCACCGUCAUAGUUCAGCCACAUCCAACGAUUGACCAACCAGCGGCAGGGCCGUCUCGGAGAACAAGAGGGGGCUUCGGUCAGCAGCCGAUCAUCGAGGCGUCGACCUCUCCCGCACCAAGCGAUGUCGCGUCGAAUCGAAGUGGAGGAACCAAUGAGUCGACUGACACCGCCUUCUUCCGCACGUAUGCAGAUAGGCCGACGUCGGGGGGAGCGAGAUACGGCGUGAUGACGCCAGACCUAGUGUUCGCAGAGAUCGGUCACGGACGGGGGGCGGACCCAGGGCCCAGCAAUACGUACACGUACCCUCAAAGUCGUGCCGGCAUGACUUCCAUGAAUGCGGCGGCGAUGUAUGGCAUGCAACCUGUCGCACAAGCUUUCGCGAACAUCCAAUCUGGGUCGACCAUGUCAAAUGGGUCUAGAUUACCCGUCGUGGACCGCGACGUACCGAUGGACUAUCCUGACUCGCGUUCGAUCCUCGUCGAUGCAUCCAACUCGUACCACCACACUCCCGGACGAGGCGAGGCAUCGUCGUCGUGGACGGGGGACAUGCAGCACGAGAGCGGAACGCGGUCGCUCUCGUCUUCGCCGACGACGCGCGAGCUGCAGGAGUCGAUCCACUCCGCGCUGGGCCCGCAAUCCGGGUUUUUCGAGAAUAGGGAAGGAGACUCGCGGGGAGGAGCGUGAAGCGGAGCCUCAGAAACACGAUCAGCGUAGCGGAGCAGUACGCGAGCUCGUUCUUCUUUGGGGGACGAGGUUCGAGCGGCGGGCAUGAGGGCGCUGCGGGACCCGCUACCAGCCGAGAGGCGGACUCGCAUGGACAUUAGGUUUGCUAUCAUCUGUAUCGGUGCAUAUGGCCUUUUCCAAUUGAUCACAGGUCGUCUACUACUCAUCCAAUCGCAUGGUUUUCUCAUUUCUAUGUUGUAACUCCCCGUGUUCCCAAGUGUUUCUCGUACUCAACGGGUGCAGCGUCAUUUGUCCGGACUUGUGGUCGCUGCGUAUGUAUACCCGUACCCAUCACAAUAUGUAUAUAAGUAGACUCGUGGAAUCGUCUGAGCGUGUUCAUUCCCUCAU